CCUAAUGUGGGAAAAAUAGAGGUUGCGGAUCACAGCUGAUUAUGCAGGAGAUGAUCCACCCAGUGAAAGUGGCACAAAUGUUUGGAGUGCGGCAAAAACUUUACUUAGAGUAACUCCCUUAUGGUUCAUAGAAGGACCCAUACUGGAGAGAAGCUCUACCAGACGAUCCAGUGUGACAAAGAUUUAGCAUGCACACUAAUAUUGUAAGACACAAGAGGACUCAUGCAGGACAGAAACCAUAUGAGUGCCCAGAUUGUGGGAAACGUUUCAGUUGGAAUUCCCUCCUGAUGAUACACCAGAGGACUCACACGGGGGAGAAACCCUAUGAGUGUCCAGAGUGUGGGAAAAGUUUCAGUCGGAAUUCCAACCUGAUCGCACACCAGAGGACUCACACGGGAGAGAAACCCUAUGAGUGUCCAGAGUGUGGGAAAAGUUUCAGUCGGAAUUCCACCCUGGUGACACACCAGUGGACUCACACGGGAGAGAAACUCUAUGAGUGUCCAGAUUGUGGGAAAGAUUUUUCUUCGAAAUCUGCCCUGGUGAACCAUCAGAGGACUCACACAGGAGAGAAACCAUAUAAAUGUCAUUGUGAGAAAAGUUUUUAUCAGAAUUCCAACCUGGUGACACACCAGAGGACUCACACGGGAGAGAAACCCUAUGAGUGUCCAGAGUGUGGGAAAAGUUUCAGUCAGAAUUCGAAACUGGUGACACACCAGUGGACUCACACAGGAGAAAAACCCUAUGAGUGUUCGGAUUGUGGGAAAGAUUUUUCUUCGAAAUCUUCCCUGGUGAACCAUCAGAGGACUCACACAGGAGAGAAACCAUAUAAAUGUCAUUGUGGGAAAAGUUUUAGUCAGAAUUCCUACCUUGUGGAACACCAGAGGACUCACACAGGAGAGAAACCCUAUGAGUGUCCAGAGUGUGGGAAAGAUUUCUCUUGGAAAUCUGACCUGGUUAGACAUCAGAGGACUCACACAGGAGAGAAACCCUAUGAGUGUCCAGAGUGUGGGAAAGAUUUCUCUUGGAAAUCUGCCCUGGUGAACCAUCAGAGGACUCACACAGGAGAGAAACCAUAUAAAUGUCAUUGUGGGAAAAGUUUUAGUCAGAAUUCCUACCUUGUGGAACACCAGAGGACUCACACAGGAGAGAAACCCUAUGAGUGUCCAUAUUGUGGGAAAGGUUUCUCUUGGAAAUUUGAACUGGUGAGACACCAGAGGACUCACACGGGAGAGAAACCCUAUGAAUGUCCAUAUUGUGGGAAAGGUUUCUCUUGGAAAUCUGCCCUGGUUAGACAUCAGAGGAUUCACACAGGAGAGAAACCAUAUAAAUGUCAUUGUGGGAAAAGUUUUAGUCAGAAUUCCUACCUUGUGGAACACCAGAGGACUCACACGGGAGAGAAACCCUAUGAGUGUCCAGAGUGUGGGAAAAGUUUCAGUCGGAAUUCCAGCCUGAUGACACACCAGAGGACUCACACAGGAGAAAAACACUAUGAGUGUCCAGAUUGUGGGAAAGAUUUUUCUUCGAAAUCUGACCUGGUUAGACAUCAGAGGACUCACACAGGAGAGAAACCAUAUAAAUGUCAUUGUGGGAAAAGUUUUAGUCAGAAUUCCUACCUGGUGCAACACCAGAGGACUCACACAGGAGAGAAACCCUAUGAGUGUCCAGAGUGUGGGAAAGGUUUCAGUCAGCAUUCCAGACUGGUGACACACCAGUGGACUCACACAGGAGAAAAACCCUAUGAGUGUUCGGAUUGUGAGAAAGAUUUCUCUUCGAAAUCUGCCCUGGUGAACCAUCAGAGGACUCACACAGGAGAGAAACCAUAUAAAUGUCGUCACUGUGGGGAAAGUUUUAGUCAGCAUUACUACCUGGUGAAACACCAGAGGACUCACACGGGAGAGAAACUCUAUGAGUGUCCAGAUUGUAGGAAAGAUUUCUCUUGGAAAUGUGACCUGGUUAGACAUCAGAGGACUCACACAGGAGAGAAACCAUAUAAAUGUUGUCAUUGUGGGGAAACUUUUAGUGAAAAUUACUGCCUGGUGAAACACCAGAAGACUCACACGGGAGAGAAACUCUAUGAGUGUCCAUAUUGUGGGAAAGGUUUCUCUUGGAAAUCUCUGAUUAUGCAGGAGAUGAUCCACCCAGUGAAAGUGACACAAAUGUUUGGAGUGCGCACGCACACUAAUAUGGUAAGACACAAGAGGACUCAUGCAGGACAGAAACCCUAUGAGUGUCGAGAUUGUGGGAAAGAUUUCUCUUCGAAAUCUCCCCUGGUGAACCAUCAGAGCACUCACACAGGAGAGAUACUAUAUAAAUGUCAUUGUGGAAAAAGUUUUAGUAGGAAUUACUACCUGGUGAAGCAUCAAAGGACUCACACAGGACAGAAACCAUAUAAAUGUCAUUGUGGGGAAAGUUUCAGUCAGAGUUCCCACCUGGUGACACACCACAGGGCUCACACAGGAGAGAAACCAUAUAAAUGUCAUUGUGGGAAAAGUUUUAGUCAGAAUUACUACCUGGUGACACACCAGAGGACUCAUACGGGAGAGAAACCCUAUGAGUGUCCAGAGUGUGGGAAAAGUUUCAGUCGGAAUUCCAACCUGAUGACACACCAGAGGACUCACACGGGAGAGAAACCCUAUGAGUGUCCAGAGUGUGGGAAAAGUUUCAGUCGGAAUUCCAACCUGGUGACACAACAGAGGACUCACACAGGAGAAAAACACUAUGAGUGUUCAGAUUGUGGGAAACAUUUCUCUUCGAAAUCUGUCCUGGUGAACCAUCAAAGGACUCACAUAGGAGAGAAACCAUAUAAAUGUCAUUGUGGGAAAAGUUUUAGUCAGAAUUCCUACCUGGUGAGACACCAGAGGACUCACAUGGGAGAGAAACCCUAUGAGUGUCCAGAUUGUGGGAAACGUUUCAUUCAACAUUCCAGCCUGGUGACACACCAGAGGACUCACACGGGAGAGAAACCCUAUGAGUGUCCAGAUUGUGGGAAACGUUUCAUUCAACAUUCCAGCCUGGUGACACACCAGAGGACUCACACAGGAGAAAAACACUAUGAGUGUUCGGAU